GAUCACCCUCAGAGGCUGACCAGCAAGUAAGGAUUUGUGAGGAUGGAUUUGGAAAAUGAGUACCUCAGCUUCUAAGGCUGUAUUGAUAGAACAGUUAGUAGAAUUGUUAAAGAGACAAGGUACCAGCAUUGAGCAAAAGACAGUUUUAUCCUUCCCUCGCCUUUGCUGGCUGUCCGGAUGAUGACUGAUUCCCUCCCCCUCGAGCUGCACACCGGCAGCUGGCUGACCCAGCAGCCCACGUCCUUGUCUGAGCAAGCCGGCAGUAGUUUCCAGUCAACCAGCGACAUGAGUGGCAGCAACGAGGUGGUGUACGCCGGCUGGCUGAAGAAAUCGCCUCCCGAGAAGAAGUUGAAGUGCUAUGCCUGGAAGAAACGCUGGUUUAUCCUGCGGAGUGGCCGGAUGAAUGGCGACCCAUAUGUUCUAGAAUACUACAAGAAUAAACACUCCAAGAAACCCCUGCGGAUCAUCAACCUAAACCUCUGUGAGCAGGUAGACACAGGUCUGACCUUCAACAAGAAAGAGCUUCAAGGUAGUUUUGUGUUUGAUAUCAAGACCAGUGAGCGCACCUUUUACCUGGUGGCUGAGACGGAGGCUGACAUGAAUAAGUGGGUCCAGAGCAUCUGCCAGGUCUGCGGCUUCAAGCAGGCUAAGGAGGGCACAGCCUCCCUGAGAAGCCUUUCUUCAGUCACUCAUGGUCCCCGCUCUUCUCCAGCUGAGUUCCGCAGCUCCACUCAACACCUACUCCGGGAAAGGAAGUCCUCAGCCCCUUCACACUCUGGCCAGCCCACCUUUGAGCCCCCUGUGUCAAGCCACAUCCGGCCUGCCCUGUUCACCAGCACACCUCAGGAGUAUCUCUACUUACACCAGUGCGCAAGCCAAAAGACAAAAAAUGUGAGAAAUGCCAGCUUCUCUCAGGGUACGCAACAAAAGAGUAAUACAGCCAUACGAAAGCUUGCCCAGGGCAGUGGACACUGUAUCAACGGAGUCAGCGGGCAAGUCUAUGGCUUCUAUAGCCUUCCCAAGCCAAGCCAGCACAAUACAAAAGUCAAGGACAGUACUUACGACCUCCCCCGUAGCCUGGCUUCACAUAGCCACACCAAGGGCCGCCUCACAGGGUCUGAGACAGACAAUGAGGAUGCGUACACCUUCAAGACAUCCGGCAACACCCUGUGUCGGGAGUUUGGGAAUCUCCUAGUGGACAAUAUGGAGGUUCCAACCACCCCGCUCUCAGCCUACGAGUUCUCUAGAACAUUCACACUGGACACAACAGCCACUCCUAGAGUCUCAGCCACAGCUCCCCAACCCCAGCCUCCCAAGCCAAGUCAGGCAAGUCAGACAAAAACACGUCGGUGGGGCAGCCCUCAGCAAAGACCCCCAGUCAGCGAAAAUAACAGCUCUGCAGCUGCUGCUAUCCCCAGGCACAAAACCCUCCCUGCAAUGGACAACAUGCGACUCCACCGAGCCUCUUCCUGUGAGACUUACAAGUACCCAACACGAGGCAGAGAGAAUGACAGCUGGUCUGCUGAAUCUCCAGGGAAAACGAUCGUAGGUCAUUCAGACAGCGCCAGCUCUGGUGACAACUAUGUGCCCAUGAGCCCCGGGCCCCAUCACUUUGGCCCUCCAGGCGACCCAUCCACAGCCCUUCCUAUUCAUAGAUGCCCCAACCCAGGAAGUGAGAUCCAGCCACCCCUGGUCAAUCGCAACCUCAAGCCUGACGGGAAAACAAAACCAACACCCUUUGACCUGAGAAACAACGCUGUCAUCGACGAGCUCCCUUUCAAGUCACCUGUCACCAAGUCUUGGUCCAGGGUCAACCACGCCUUUAACUCCAGCCCCUCACAGUACUGCCGUCCCAUUUCCACACAAAACAUCAGCAGCACAGACUCAGGAGACAGCGAGGAGAGCUAUGUCCCUAUGCAAAACCCAGUGUCUGCAUCCCCUGUCCCCAGCGGCACCAACAGCCCAGCUCUGAAGAAGAAUACUGGCAAUAUGGAUUACUUGGCCCUAGACCUCCAGCCUGGCUCUCCGGGUCCUCACCACAAGCCAUCCACAUCAUCUGCCACAUCGGAUGAGAAGACAGAUUAUGUCCAAGUGGAUAAAGAGAAGACACAGGCCCUACAGAUCACCACACAGGAGUGGACAGAGAUGCGGCAAGAAAAAAUUAGGAAAAUGGCGCCUGUUACAGGAUUUGAGAGAGGUCAGUAA